AUGAAGAAGUCUCAGAGCAUUGUCAGAUCCACAAAUGAGGAACUGAUCCGGGAGUGUUUUGACAUUUUCGACCAGGACCACAAUGGAAUAAUUACCGAAAGCGAGUUCAAGUACAUUUCCAAGGAAUAUGGUGACUUUUCGGAAGAAUUGGCCGAGAAAGUGUUCAGAGAACUGGAUGUUUCUGCCAACGGGCAUUUAUCUUUCGAUCAGUUUGCAACCAUUGUUGAGGACUAUCUACUCUACGACACAACUAAAAUUGACAUGGACAAAGAGUCGGAGUAG